CUGAUCUUUCACAAACUCCAGAACUUAUACAAUGGCUCUUUCUGCGCGCUCCCUUCGUGCCAACACUUGCGUGUCGGGGCGGCAAGCCGCUCGCCGGGUCGUGCCGAGCUGCAGGCCCCGGCGCACCCAACUCCAAGUCAAUGCCCUCUUUGGCGGCCAGGGUGGUGGUGGCAACCCAUUUGACAUGAAGAACAUCAUGGAGAGCGUUAAGAAGGCGCAACAGCUCGUGCAAACGGAGACCGCUCGCGUGCAAGCCGAGCUCGCUGCCACCGAGUUUGAGGGGUACGAUGAGGACGAGUAUGUGCGGGUGGUCAUGUCGGGCAACCAGGAGCCCCGCCAGGUGGACAUCACACAAGCGGCCAUCGACAUGGGGGCGGAGGAGUGCUCGCGCCGGACGACGGAGGCGAUGCGGGACGCGCAUACAAAGAGCGUCGCGGGCAUGAAGGAGAAGAUGAGGGAGCUGGCUAAGAACCUGGGCAUCCCCAACCCCGGCGCACUCAGCAUGUAGAGCACGCAGCGCACGCAUGCAGAGCACGACACGUUCGGAGGGUUGCGCCUGGGAGGUGGCGUCAGCGCAGAUGUUAGUACUGGAGCGCAGGGAGUGAAGCGGGGACUGCGAUGUGAUGUGGCACUGCGUGUUGGUACGGCAGAUGGGGCGUGGGGACCUGCAUGAUAGUGGGUAGGCGCUGAGGGUAGGAGUGAAGGGGGCUGCCAUUUUCAGAGUGGGGUGUGCAUGGCACGUGCACGAUGUUUGGGUGCUGUGUUCUCAGCCCGGGUUAAUACCUAUGUGCUAGGUGUCACUCGCAGUUUAGGCCGCAGCUGUUGCGGCAGUUAGGCCCUGGCAUGCUUUCGCAUGCCGCGACUGUGAACCCCGUAGGCAGGGUGUUGUUGGCACAUCUGGAGACCAUGGAUCAGUUCCCGUGACUUGCAGUAAGUCGAGGUUGUUAACAGGGGGAAAGACAGAUUAAGCUGCUUUCCGUUUGCCGCCCCUGACGCAUGCCAGAACCAGGCCCUAUCGCAGCACUUCUUACCAUCCCAGACUGCGCAGCGGUGUGUCCAAUGAGGGUCCGUGUACGGCACUCGGCCCCCAGCCGCACCCCGUCUCGCUGCCAGAUCGUACCCACCAUGUCCCUUGCGGGCGAAGCCAGUGCGUGCGGACAGCCGGGGGAAACCGCGAGAGCCCAUUCCCUCCUGUGCU